AUGCCCAGGCCUGAACUAUACCGAACAUAAACCUCUGCUGCUGGGUUUAUCUUCAACCUUCCGUUGCAGCUUCUUGAAGCUCCUCCAUUGAUGGCCUCGACAGCUUUUCCGAAGCCGAUCCUAAGGAUCAGUGCCCCAUGCUCUCCUUCUAGCCGGGCCCAUGAGUUCUUCCUCCCUCUCUCGGCCUCCUCAUCUCACAGCGUUAGCCUCCGGCGGCUCUCUGUUCAUGCCAAGAAGAAGAACUCGAGGUCGGAGCCGGUUCUCAAGCCCACAAUUAUCGAAGAAAUAAGGUCGGUCGAUGAGGAAGAGGAUGAGGAGGAAGAGCUCCUUCUUGGGGACUUUGAUGACGAGGAAUUCGAUGGAGAUGAGGAUGACAAUUUCGAGGAUGAGUUUCCCGAAGAUGAUACUCUUUAUGUCGGAGAUGGAGCAGGAGGAGGCGGAAUCUCUCUUGCAGGGACAUGGUGGGACAAGGAAGCAUUGGCGAUAGCCGAAGAGGUUACUCAGUCAUUCGAUGGCGAACUCCAAAUAUAUGCGUUCAAAACACUGUCCAAUUCCACUAUUCAAGUCCGAAUAGAGACUCUUUCCAACAAGUCUGGUUCUCCCAGUAUGGAAGAUAUUGAAGCAUUUUCUUUGUCCUACAGGACUCGUCUUGAUGAAGCUGAGCUUGCCAAGUCUGUACCGGGGAAAUUAUCCUUGGAGGUAUCAUCUCCCGGGGUUGAAAGAGUUGUUCGGGUCCCAUAUGAUCUCGACCGAUUCAAGGAACGGCCGAUGUUCGUAAAAUAUACCAGUGAAGUAUCUGAAGGCGUAUCUCCUUCAGAAAGUGAUGGUAUCUUUAGACUCAUCUCUUUCGACAUAGAUGCGAGAUCUUGCACCUGGGGCUUAGCCGAUGUCAGGGUGAACAGAGAGAAGGCAGGUAAAGGGAGACCCCUCAGCAAGAAGCAACGCGAGUGGCGCUUGAACACCUCGUUCGACUCCUUACGCCUUGUCCGAUUGUAUUCCGAGAUAUGAUAUCAUAUACAUACAUAUGAUCCCAUACUGGUCGAGCCAUCAGUCAUGUUGUAUCGUUGAUGUAUACUGUGAUCAAUGUUAAUGAUAUAUUGAUCUAUGGUUAACCCUUGAUUGAAUAGAUGCGCAGGUUCAGUGGUCCGAGAGGGGCCCCGGUUGUCCCACAAUACCAGAACAAUGCACGUUUGGUACUUGGUGAGAUGAUUAGAUACGACCCAGAAAUUCAAACAA